GGGAUUUUCUCCUUUUAAGCAGAAUUUCAGCCACAAUUCGGGAGGAUUCGAGUUUUUGAGAGAAAGAACGACUUCUAGAGAGAGAAAGUGACGAGCAAGAGUUCCCAAGUGCCCUAGAUUGAUCUUCAACACCAUUGGAGGCCAGCUUGAGCUUGGAGAAGUGCCGAUCAACGUCCAGAAGCCGGAAUCCGUCCUUCGCAGUAUGAAUUCCGUGUCUGAUUCUGCUUUUGCUUUCUUCUCCAUGGAGUAGUUCUCCCAUUCAUCUGGGUAUGGAGAACCCUAGAUUUGUAUGUUAGGCUUUGAUUGUAUGAACCCAAGUACUGAUUCUGUGAUUGAUUAUAUUCGAUUGAGGUUUUAAUGAUUGAAUGACUUGAAUCCUGAUCAAAUUCCUGUUGUUUCUGCUUUAACCUAGAAUGAGAAUAUCUGCCUAGGUUGAUAGAGCAUCCUUGAUUGAAGGUAGGGAGUUGGUGACUUUAGUCGAGGAGCCAACUCACUAUUCUGUACCGGAUUUACUCCGGUAGUGGAGGUUUUGUUCUUAGGGCCUCAAUCUGUUUACUCCGGUGGAGGUUAGUCGCCCGCUAGAGACUCAGAUUGAGAGGGUCUGAAGACCUAUAGUCGAGACUUCAGGCUGUUUAAGAACCUUCCGCAGUAUAACUAUCAUAGAAACUGAACUUGGUAAUUACAAUCCGGCUUAACUGCAGUCUAGGGGGAACCAUAUCCGGGUGACCUCUCUUAACCUGAAUACAACAGUUUACUUGCUUUGUUAGUUUGAUAGUUUAGACUUGCAUGCCAGUUUCAUUGCUAGAUAACAAGAAUUCACUGAGUAGUCAUCACAUCUAGGACCCGGGUUGAUAAUUAAACCCAAACCCGCUAUACUACGCUUUAGGAAGUGGUUUCACUUGGCCAAUUCCUGGAGUGACAGUAGAGUCGAGUCAGCUGCCACACACCCAACUCCAUGCGCCGUUGCCUCUCUUCGAGGACAUCGCCACCGACCGUCAGGCAGAGGAAGGGGUUUCCACCAAGCCGGAUGGCUGGAUGAGGAAGACAAGUCUUCAAACAAACCACCCCGAGCUAAUCGAUCGACUGCCUCCCGCCGCCCGAAACCAUGGGAACCCAGGCACACGAUCGGUCGGCCGACGGAGGAAACAAAGGGGAGACGAUCUUCUGUCUUCAAGCUCUCCAGAUCCUCAUCCGUCGCCCAAGGCUGCAACUCCGAACCACCAAAAUCUGCAAAGUGAGAGCAAGGAGGUAGACUAUGGGAAUGGAAUGGAGAAGACAAGCCAGAUCUGAACAAGAUCUAGCCUCCUUGCAUCUUAUAAAGAUCAACAUCUCCAGUUCUGAAUAAUCAAAACAGAGGGACAAAAAUCAACCCAACACAGGGGAAGGAAAUCAACCCACAAGGGGGGAGAGACACAUGCAUGAAAGCAAAGCCACAAGGGCUGGAAAAGCAGUAGAAAAGGAGGGAAAAAACAGAAAAAGCUGGGAAAAUGAAAAGGGGGGCGGAGAGCUGCUGCCGGUCAUCGGAGAGGCACCAGCAGCAACCCACUCAGCUGCCUAAGAAAGACCCUUUAGAGAGAGGUCAGAGGAAAAAAUGGGAGAGAGAAGGGGGGUUUUUAAUCUAUCCACACUUGAAGGGGGUGGAAAGCUGUCGUUAUGGACCGCAACCGGUUUUGAGGCGAAUAUGCGCGCUAAUAGAAAUCGCACCGCUUACGGUUAACGAUUAUCCAUGAUCACCCCCUAGUUACCCAUUAAAACCCUCAAUAUCUAAUACGCAAAAACACUUAGGGGUCGAUUGCUUGAGUCAUUUGGUAUCAAAUGACUUGUUUGCUAAAAAUAGAUGCAUGAGUCAUUUCGUCCAACCGAAAGUCCCAAAUGACUCUAUCAAGUCAUUUCCAAAUGCCUCUUCUCCAUUAAUCAUUUCCAAAUGACUCAUUUUUAGUCCAAAAAUUCCAACUAUGUCCUUACCUCUUUUAUGUAAACCUCUUUCUAUUAUUUGUUUUCCAUGUCAUUGCUUUAUCUUCUUUCAAAAUUAUUAUUUUUUUUUUCUUCCAAAUUUCACAAAUGACGAAUAGGGCCAUCUAUUUAGCGGUGCAUAUUUUCGUUCGCAAACACCACCAUUUAUAAUUAGCUUAAAUUUUGAUACUUAUGAAGGCAUUAUCUUCUAUAAAAAAAGUUAACAUAAAAUUGUUAUUCAAAAGUAUAAAAUAGUAUUAUAUAAGAAAAAUGCCAAAAUAAUAUGUUUUAUUUGUUGCAAAAUGAUUUUGGUUACAUGGUUUUAGUCGCAUGUCCACUAAUUUUCAUCAACUGCAUGCCUUGAAAAAUAGCACAAAGUGAGCGGCCACCGUCCCACCAUGAUAUUACCGUAUGGAUCGAGCUCGUUUUACUUUUAAAUAACAAUUUAUUAAAGAAUCGAAAGUAAUUUUGUACUACUUGACAAUUACGACAUUAGUAAUAAUUAGUUCGUAUGUAUUUUGUUCGUCGGUCAUCGUAACUUCAAGGGAUUUACCUAUUGUUAAUAUGGAAGCAUAAAAUUCAUAAGCUAAUCGGUUCAAAUUUUAUGGUCAACAAUCACCUAAAAGGAUAAUAAUUAAUAACACAUAAAUUAUUAAAUACUAAUUUAUAAAUAACAAAUAUAUAUCUUAAAAACAGUUAGGAUCGUUAAGAGGUGACAUUAACACAUGAUGAUAGUUUAAAGAUAUUAUAAUUGUCAAAUCUCACAUUUUCUAAAUAAUUUUAAGAAAAUUGAUUAAAUAAA